AUGGCUUUGUUCACUGUAAACGUCAGUAACAUCACUUUGGAGAGCGCGCUACCCGGGGAUGAGCCGCGAGAUGAGCGCUUGGCUCAAGUGGAAAUAGCUCUUCUGUCCAUCAUCUUCAUCACUGCAGCAAUCCUAAACUUCGGGCUCUUGCUGGUGCUUUGGAAGCGGAGGAAGCAGCUUUCCAGGAUGCGCGUCUUCGUUUUCCACCUGUGCGUCGCCGAUCUGGUGGUCACUUUCUUCCAAGUUUGUCCGCAGCUCAUGUGGGACAUUACGGACAGAUUCGUGGGGCCAGAUAUAUUGUGUCGCGCUGUGAAGUACCUGCAGGUGGUCGGGAUGUUUGCCUCAACGUAUAUGAUUGUAGUGAUGACGAUAGAUCGAUACCAAGCCAUCUGCAACCCCAUGGUGACUUUCCAGAAGCGCAGGGCGCGCUGGAACGGCCCGGUGUGCGCAGCCUGGUGCGUCUCUCUCAUCGGCAGCCUCCCGCAGAUCUUCAUCUUCUCCCGGGUUGAGGUCGCUCCCGGUGUGUACGACUGCUGGGCGCAGUUCAUCAAGCCGUGGGGACCGAGAGCGUACGUGACCUGGACCACUCUGGUCAUAUUCGUCCUACCCAUUCUCGUGGUUAUCGUGUGCCAGGUGCGCAUCUGCCGCACCGUGCACAUCAACUUUCACAUGAAGACACAGCACGUCGCAGAGCCGGUCAGCAAGCCACUGUCAUCCAGGGCCAGCAGCGUAGCUGGGGUGUCCAAGGCGAGAGUGAAGACGGUGAAGAUGACCGUGGUGAUCGUGCUCGCCUACAUCAUCUGCUGGACGCCUUUCUUCACCGUGCAGCUCUGGUCUGUCUGGGACAUUGAGGCACCCACUCAGACUGCAACCUUCACCAUCUUGAUGCUGCUGGCCAGUCUGAACAGCUGUGCGAACCCCUGCAUCUACCUGCUGUUCAGCGGGAAGCUGCCCAAGACGCUGGUGGCUCUGAUGUGUGAGGCUCAGCCCGAUAUGAAGGAGUCCAUCCAGGAGGAGGCUACCAUGGUCAGUUCCCUGUACAUCAGCCUCAAGAGUUUAUCAGACUGCAGAUAA